AAGCCGCUCCGCCUCGCAGAUGAAGCCAAGACGUCCCGAUCGAGUCCGCGCACGCACUUUCUGACACUCAGACCUGCUUUGUGCUGCGGGAACCAACGAGAAGACUUGUCUUCGCUGCGAGGCAGGACGCGCAGAUAUCUUCCAAAAGCAAAACAAAAGAAACUGUUUUUUUUAUGCAUUUGGAGGCGACGGAGGCAGCCUGGACUACUGUCGUGGAACAGGAAUGAUUUAUCCCCCUGAAGGUUUAUUCUACAUCGAGAUGGACUCGGCACCGCCAGCUCUCCCCCCUAGGUCAACAAAGCCAGCCUCUUCUGCCAUGAACAAUAACUGCCUUCCCCCGCCGACGUACUCGCUACAGGACGCGGAAUGGUACUGGGGAGAUAUAACCAGGGAUGAGGUGAACGAGAAGCUCCGCGACACGUCCGACGGCUCCUUCCUGGUGCGUGACGCCUCCACAAAGUUGCAGGGAGACUUCACGCUGACAUUGCGGAAAGACGGCCACAAUAAGCUGAUCAAGAUUUACCACCGAGACGGAAAGUACGGCUUCUCGGACCCGCUCACGUUCUCCUCCGUGGUGGAGCUCAUUUGGCACUACCAGCACCAUCCCUUGGUGGAGUACAACGCCACACUGGACCUGAUGCUUACACAUCCCUUGUCCCGCUUCCAGCAGGUGAAGGAGAACAGCGUUGAUGUCGCGGGAAGAAAGCUUAAAGAGGUCCACUGUCAGUAUCAAGAGAAAUCCAAGGAGUUUGAUCGUCUUUAUGAGUCCUUCACCAAGACCUCACAGGAAAUUCAGAUGAAGCAAACGGCGAUCGAGGCGUUCAACGAGACGAUGAUGAUCUUCGAGGAGCAGUGUCGUGAACAGGAGCGCUACGGGGAGGAAUUUGAGAGGAACAAUCAAUCUGACGGAGACGACAAAGAUCUGGAGAGCUUUUUGAUCAAUUACGAGAAGCUGAAGUGCCGUCUCUGCGAGAUCUACGACAGCAAGAUCCAUCUGGAGGUAGACUUGAGAAGCCAGGUGGAGGACUACCGAGAGACAGACCGAAAGAUAAACAGUUUGCGGCCAGAUCUCAUCCAGCUGCGGAACAUCAGAGACCAGUAUCUCAACUGGCUCAAUCACAAAGGUGUACGGCAGAAACGUAUAUACGACUGGCUUGGCAUACUCAGUGACGGCCUUGACGAUACGUACGUGCUGAAGGGCGACGAGAAGAACUUGCCGCAUCAGGACGAGACGACUUGGUUUGUGGGCGAAAUGAGCCGGACGCAGGCCGAGGAGAUGCUCGAUGGGAAAGACACCGGCACCUUCCUCAUUCGUGAGAGCAGCAAACAAGGCUCCUACGCCUGCUCCGUCGUGGUCAACGAAGAAGUGAAGCACUGUAUGGUCUACAACACGCCGCACGGCUACGGCUUCGCCGAGCCCUACGACAUUCACUGCUCCCUGAAAGACCUUGUCCUGCACUACCGCCUGCACUCCUUGGCGCAACACAACGACGCCCUGGACGUGAGGCUGUCGCAGCCGGUACACGCCAAAGGGCCCGCGGAGGAGCACAAACUCAUACAGACUCCCAAACAGACUGUCAGGCUUCCACCGGCUGCUCCAGAAAUGUAGACCAAGGGAGAUCAAACAAAGGACGUGUUUACUGUACCCGGCGAGAAGGACUGCAAUCGAGGUGAAAUGUUGCACUAAAGUGAUUCCAUCAGUUUUUUGCGAUCGAAGUGGGACCGGAACUUGAAUGUCAGCUUCUGUUGUUUUUUUCUUUUUCCUUUCAAGAGACCGUUAAAUGUUUCCGGAAAGAACUUCAUAUAUUGCUGUUUGUUUGUGGGACAUUAUUGACGCCCGCUCCUCAAGAUGCCGAAGAUCUUGGUUGGACCCAAAGGAUCAGAGCUGACAUUUUUGGCUUCAAACCGAACGAGCUCUGAGAAAGUUCCAGGAUAUAUUAGACGGCUACGAGACGAGUGAGGAGAAAAUGGUGCUGUACACAGGCUGUUUCUGUCGUCCAUGGUUUGGUGGACCAAACCCUUCUUGGGGACGGCGGGCGGGGGGGGAAAUGCCACUUGAGAAUAUGAGAAAAAUUGUGGUGCGCCCUAACAAUUUGCACCAUUCAUACAGUGGAUAUUAUGUAGCAUUAACAUCCUAGUAACCCAUGAUAAGAGCCUAUUUCUGGUUGAACGAAGCACUUGGCAAACAUCUCGUCGACGCAUUCGGACAAGCAAAAACUAUCCACACCUGCUGAUGAAAACAUAAUCGGAAGUACUGUAUGUUAUAUUCUGUUACUCGAAGUAUAAGCGUUUUGUAUUCUAUAUAUAUUUUUUCUAUAAACACGCCACAAGAUGAAAAGCUUGAAGAAAGUGCAAUCCAACAGUAUUUCUAUUGUUGCAAAGUGUGACGGCGGCGGAAAGGUGUUACGAACGGUUUUUGACGUGCGCCACAAAAAUGCACUCGGGGGUGGUGUUGGCGAGGUAUGGCCCGCGACGUUGGCGUUGAACGGCGCCAGGUGUCCUGCCUCCAUUACUUGAAUCGUGGCAUCGCUCCAGCUAUGAAUGUGUUUCCUGAUGUGCGGCCCACACAGUUAGAGGCGUGAAGAAUCGGGUGUUGAACUUGGCACAUUUGUUUUGGUUUUUUUUGUCCUUCUGUUCAAGUUUGAUGACAACAGGAACGCUGUACAGAGAAAAACUAAAAUGUAUAUCUAAGGUCGCUUGGUUUAAAGAAAAACUCCGUAUGAGGACGGAGAGGAGGCCUCGGCUAAGGCUAAGCAAUGUGAGAUUCUGACCUUUUUCUUGCUGAAAGACAAUAAACUGAUGAGGGUUUUGUCAUUUUA